UUUCUAUAAAUUGUUCCUGUAUUUUUGUUGAUCCGGGAAGAAAAUCAUUGAAUUGGCUUGAGAAUGAAUUACUCCAGUGACGAGGAUCUCUCUGAGAAUGAUAAGAGGAAUAUCGAUCUGCACAGCAGGGUCGAUCCGCCGUAUAAAACAGCUCCUCUGACACCCGGAAAGAUCAUGCUGAAGUCGUGGCUGAACAGAAACUUCCGCAUCGUGAUGACUGACGGACGUCUCCUGAUCGGUGUGUUCCUCUGCACGGACGCAGAUGCCAACGUGAUACUGGGGAUGUGUUCAGAGUACACGGAGGAGGGCGGCGAGGAGAGGAUUCUCGGACUGGUCAUGGUGCCCGGCAGGCAUAUAGUGUCAAUGGAGGUGGACAUGAGUGGGCAGCAGUUUGAUGCAUAAUAAUGCGUGUUACUUAUAAUUUAUUCU